AUGCUCAUUUACGUUGGCAAAGUCACAUACUCUCCUUACGCUUCCGAAGAGCUAAUCAACGUCGUCUUCCGUGAUAACGUCCAGAAUGGGGACAAAGUGGUUGUGAUACUUCAGUGGACCAAGGAUGCUAGUGGAAAAGCCAAGGCCCACUUCAACCAUCAUGGAACUGUUAGCAAUAUCGUCGUGAACAGUUCGGGUGAAAAAGAGCUGGAAUUACUUUCCGCUCCAUCUGAGAAAGAUAUUAGUUAUUACUGGUGA